AUGGCAGACACUGCAGAAAAACAAGCGCCCCUCCCCGUGACAGUCUCCAAACCAACUCCGUAUACUUUCGACCUCGGCCUCCUCCUCGCCGCCGACCCAAACCCACUCUCCCUCUCUGGAUCAAGCAACCUGGAGAGCGACCUAGCAGCGACUGCACGAGAUGGAGCACAAGCGCUGUUGAACCAGCUAUUAAGCACAUGUCCGAUUACCGAUACGCCGGGCGGAGUAUUACUUUCAUUACCAGCAAUUGAAACGCGAUUGCCUAGAGAAAAACCCCUCCCACCACCCAAGAAAGAAACGACCUGGUCGCGCUUCGCCGCAAAGAAGGGCAUCAAGCCCAAGACAGCCGAAGCUCGCAAGAAGCUUGUCUACGACGAGGCGAGCGGCGAAUGGGUGCCGAAAUGGGGGUACAAGGGGAAGAACAAGGAAGGCGAGGGGGACUGGAUCGUGGAGGUGGAUAAUAAGAAGCGGAACGAGGGCGAGGAGCAGAGGGGCGAUGGUCGGAGGGAGAGGAAGGAGAAGAUUAGGAGGAACGAGAGGCUGCAGAGGAAGAAUGAGAAGGGGCAGAAGAGGGGUGGGAAGUAG